GAUACCGCAUUGCUCGGCACCAUGGCGAGCGGCGGCGGCGAGGUGAAGCUCUUCGGAAUGUGGGCAAGUCCUGCAGUUCGUCGAGUCGAGUGGGCUUUGAAGAUGAAGGGGAUCGAGUACGAGUACAUAGAAGAAGAUCUCUCGAACAAGAGCGCAUCUCUUCUCGCGUACAAUCCGAUCAAUAAGCAAGUCCCCGUGCUCCUCCACAACGGCAAGCCGAUCGCCGAAUCCCUUGUUAUCAUUGAAUAUAUUGAUGAGGUCUGGAAGCAUAACCCCAUCUUACCUGAGGAUCCUUAUGAACGAACCAAGGCACGCUUUUGGAGCACAUAUAGUGAGGGCAAGUGUCGAGAUGCAGUAGGGAAAGGGUACUUUACGGAAGGAGAGGAGAAAGAGAAUGCUAUCAAAUAUUUGGAGGAAACUGUGAGAGUACUGGAUGAAGAGCUGAAGGGAAAGAAGUUCUUUGGAGGAGAAAACCUUGGAUUCUCGGACUUGGUUUUGGGCUGGAUGGCUUUCUGGUUACCGGUGGCAGAGGAGGUUGCCUUCUUUGAGGUGUUGGAUUCUAAGAAGUUUCCGUGGUUUGCUUCAUGGACUGAUAAUUUUCUCGAAGUUCCUGUGAUCAAAGAGAACCUUCCACCCCGCGACAAGACGGUGGAGUUCUUCGAGAACUAUCGCCGGCAACGGUUAGGUGCAUCAAAAUGCAUCAAAACCCAUGCAUGAGGGUGUCAAGAUGCAUCUUCCCUCGCUGACGCCGUGGUGCCAAACUCAUGGCCUUCGGUCGGCUGGUUAUCAUUGUGGAAUUUGGCUACUUCUAAUAAGGAGAACCUUCGAUGCAUUUUAGGCUGUGCAUGUGUACCAAGAGGUGAAUAAGACUGUAAACUGAGUUGCUUCUUAUGCUGUCCACCACUCUAAAGAGGUUUU